ACUCAUUAUAAUGAGGAAGCCAGAUCAGGGGGGCGCCGCCGCUGCCGCAGCCGCCGGGAAGCUGAGGAAGGGGCUGUGGUCGCCGGAGGAGGACGACAAGCUGAUGAGCUACAUGCUGAAUAAUGGGCAGGGCUGCUGGAGCGACGUUGCCCGUAAUGCCGGCCUCCAGCGCUGCGGCAAGAGCUGCCGCCUCCGUUGGAUUAACUACUUGAGGCCCGAUCUCAAGCGCGGCGCUUUCUCUCCCCAAGAAGAAGACCUCAUCCUUCAUUUGCAUUCUCUUCUCGGCAACAGGUGGUCUCAAAUUGCAGCGCGUCUGCCGGGACGGACGGAUAAUGAAAUAAAGAAUUUUUGGAACUCGACCAUUAAAAAGAGACUCAAGAAUUUAUCCUCGACGUCGUCGCCGAACACCAGCUCCGGGUCCCCCUCCGGCGACUCGAAAUCCACUCUUUUCACUGGUUUGUUAUCGGUUCAAGACCAACAAGGCUUCGACUUCCCCAUCUACACCGCCGAUCCCUCGCCUUCCGCUCUCGCCCUCGAUACCUUCCCUCUCCUCGCCACGGCCCAUGGUGGACCAUUCUUCUCCGCUGCCACCGCCCCAACCUUCACCGGUGGGAUUGAGCCAGCUCUUUUCCGGGAUGAAGAUAGCUUCUUCAACCUCCCUCUCCUGCAGAACGUUAACACCACCGAGGGAAGCUUAAAAACCGAAACCAUAAUUAAGGAAACUAACCAUAGUAAUUACUUAAUUAACAACAUGAACAGCGUCCUCCCUAAUCACAAUAAUAAUAAUAACAACAACAAUAAUCCCAAGGUUGAGAGCAUUAUUAAUGGUGGGGUUGGGAAUAAUAAUUAUCUUCAAGAAGAAUUUUCAAUUGGCGAAUGGGACUUAGACGAUUUGAUGAAAGACGUACCUUCAUCUUUCCCAUGUCUUAACUUUCAAGUUCAAUAACCAUAAGAAGUUGCGACAAUGUAGCUGAUAGUUUUAUACGGUCUGAUACAAGAGAAACUAUCGGAAGCGAGAAUCAUACUAUAUCGGGCAUGAGUCAAGAAUCAGAAAAAACCCAUUUUCAUCUUCUUCUUUUUUUCCAAGGUAUAAAUAUGUAUAAUAUUUACCCUUUUAACACUUUGGGCACAGUAGAAUUGGGUUAGAAUAUUGCUCAUCAUCUUGUUGGUUGGCUGUAAACUUUUUCUUCUGUUAAAAAGUUUAUGAUGAGAAGUAAAAAGGAAAAUAAAGGACUGAGAUUUCAGGUUGUGGCACAGACAUUGGUGAGCCUUGAAAGGCACUCCAUUAAAGAGCUAUGCUUUAAGCUAGAGAAAGAGCAAUAAUAUUUGUAUAAUUAAA